GCUUAAUUCCUGUAUGUCCUUCAGAAGAAGAUCCUGGAAAAUCAUGGCGACAGAACUCAGCCACGGAUUGUCUUUCAUUCACCUUGUGUGCGCCUUGCAACUUGUUUGUGGACAAAUUCGGUACUCGAUUCCCGAAGAACUGGAGCUCGGAGCAUUCGUAGGGAAUAUUGCUGAGGAUUUAAGCCUAAGCAUUCCAGAAAUAACCGAUCGGAAACUCAGACUGCUCUCCGAUGAUAAGCUUCAGCUAUUGAAGGUAAACAUGCACAAUGGUGUUUUAGUUGUAAAAGAGCGAAUCGACAGGGAUGCCCUCUGCAAGCAAAUGUCGACUUGUUCUGUUUCGUAUGAUGCAGCUUUAGAAAAUCCUUUGGAACUGCAUCGCGUUGACGUGGAGAUAGUAGAUAUAAAUGAUAAUGCACCAGGUUUUAGGGAAAGCAAGUACAAUAUACAUAUCUCUGAAUUCACCGCAACAGGCGCACUCUUUCCUCUAGAUAGAGCCCAGGAUGCCGACAUGGGAACGAAUGCAGUUAUUUCAUACAAGAUCAACUCAAAUGAGCACUUCGGUCUGAAAGAAAAGGAAGUAGAUGAUAGAAGUAAAAUUACAGAACUGAUAUUGCAAAAACCUCUCGACCGCGAACAGCAGUCAGAAUUCCAUGUAAUACUAACGGCCAUUGACGGUGGGAUUCCUCCGAGAUCUGGUACAGCAGAAAUCAUUAUAUCUAUCGUGGAUGCCAAUGAUAAUGCUCCCGUAUUCGAACGCCAUACAUAUCGGGUUAGUAUCACGGAGAAUACACCCACAGGUACCAUCGUGAGCAAAAUAAAGGCUGCUGAUUUAGAUGAAGCAGCAAACGGCGAAGUAAAUUAUUAUUUCGGUACACACGUUUCUCAAAGUGUUCGAGAGUUAUUUUCUUUGGACUCAGAAUCGGGGCAGAUUUAUGUGAAUGGACUGCUGGAUUAUGAAGUAGAAAACGUUUAUGAAAUUGAGGUACAGGCUGUGGACAAGGGUGUACCGGCAUUAAGUGGAAAUGCCAAAAUUAUCGUUGUUUUAACUGAUAUUAAUGAUAACGCUCCAGAAAUACGGGUGACAUCAGUAUCCAGCAAUGUGCGGGAAGAUGAUGCUCUCGGAACUGUUGUAGCUAUAAUCAGUGUUACAGAUCGCGAUUCUGGCGAGAAUGGACAAGUACGUUGUCGGAUUCCCACCAAUGUUCCCUUUAAACUGCUGAAGUCUUUGAACAACCAGUUUAAGUUGAUAGUUAACAAUGCUAUGGACCGCGAAACCAUUCCUCUGUAUAAUAUUCCUAUUACAGCCUGGGAUGCAGGUCUACCCUCUCUUUCGGCAAACAAAACCUUAAUCAUUUCAGUCUCAGAUAUUAACGAUAACGUACCGAAGUUUACACAAUCUUCGUACAGGGUGUUUGUCAUGGAAAACAACGCACCGGGUGGAUCUAUAUUUACUAUUACAGCUUUGGACCCUGAUUUUGACAAGAAUGGCAAGAUAUCGUAUUCUCUUGUGGAGAGUCCCAUUGGAAUUGCUUCUCUAUCAGGCGCUGUAUCCGUAAACUCAGACAGUGGUUGCAUUUAUGCCCUGCGCUCUUUUGACUACGAAAAGCUGAAGAAUUUCCAAUUCAAAGUUCAAGCGUCUGACUCUGGAUCUCCGGCAAUGAGCAGCACCGCCACAGUGAAUGUGGUGAUUUUAGACCAAAAUGACAAUGCUCCAGUGAUAGUAUCUCCCUCCAAACGGAACAACGCAGCGGCGACUCAGAUUGUGCCGCACUCCCCAUAUCCAGGAAUGAUUGUUUCCAAGAUAAUGGCAACUGAUGCCGAUUCCGGGCAGAACGCACGUCUUUACUACCAACUUUUGGAAGCUACAGAUCGUACGUUGUUCACUGUAGGACUUCACUCAGGAGAAAUCAGAACGUCCCGAACGUUUCAGAAUGAAGAUCGUAGUAAACAUACCCUUGUAAUUUUGGUGAAAGAUAAUGGACAACCGAGUCUUUCCAGUACAGUUACAGUUGUGUUUUCAUUCUUGCGCAACGCUACUGAAAACUUCUCGGAACUAACAAAUAAGCCAAAAGAUCAGCUGCUUUUCUCCGACUUAAAUUCGAUAUUGAUAAUAGUGUUAGGGUCAACUUCUUGCAUAUUUCUUCUCAUAAUAAUUUUACUGGUAAUUUUGAAGUGUAAUCAAGAUAAAAAUAUUUACGGUUACAGUUGUAGAAUCUGCUGUCAUAGUUGGGUGAAUGCUAAUGAUGGCUCUAAUCGCAGAGCUGUACCGAAAACAGUUCUGAAUUCCGCCAGUGCUGUACAGACGUUGCCCAUUCGGGAAUCGUAUAACUACACCGUUACUCUCUCACCUGAUUCAUCGAAUAGCGAUUUCUUGUUCUUAAAACCGCAUCACCCUACGUUGCCUCUUGAUGAAUUUCAACGUUCUUGAUUUGGAAUGAUAAUUCAAAGCCAUUUUCCUUCAGUUCACAUUUAAGAUGAAUCGAACAUAUAGCACAGUAAGUUAAGAGUAAGAAUAUAGUAGUACAUUGGUGAAUGUCGGUGGAAUUGUUUUGUUUCAUGCAUGCAGUUGUGCUGUUUAUGAGUUGGACCAUCUGUGAUAGUGAAAGUUGAAGAUAAUACCUUGCAAUUUUAUUUUAGUUGAUCGAUCCAAAGUAAUCUAUCUAACAUCAAUAUAUCAGCAGCACAUUUGCAAUUCAAUUUUCUUUGCUCGUAGCUACAUUUUAUUUCCUGAUUUCCA